AUGACGGAAAGAGAUCCGCUGUUAGUGAAUGGAAGCAACAAACAUCGCCUUCCCGGCCCUCGAGACAUUUCAAGGUCGACGCGCUACGGAAUUUUGGUUGGUCUGUGGUCUGCCACCUUCCUCUCGGUGAGCUUUUCAUCCAAACAUUCUGUCACAGUGCUGCCAUCCAUAUCCUCUGACUUUAACAAGUCACAUGAAGCCAGCUGGCUUGGUACAUCAUACCUGCUUGCUGUCUGCACUUUUACACCUUUGUAUGGACGGUUAUCUAACAUCAUGGGAAGACGGGGUGCGAACCAGUUGGCUGUAUGUACUGCAGCGCUGGGAACUCUAUUUUGUGGCUUCUCCAAGAACAUGGAGAUGUUGGUUGUGGCCCGAUUUCUGUCUGGCAUGGGAGGUGGUGGUAUUCUUACGACCUGCACAAUCACUACGAAUGAUAUGUAUUCCAUGCGGUCGAGAGGGCUUGCGCAAGGGGUACAAAGUCUGUUCAAUGGCCUUGGCAUGGGUCUAGGAGGUCCUAUAGGAGGUCUCAUAAGUGACCGGUUUGGUUGGAGAUGGGCGUUCUUGAUACAGAUGCCCUUAUUUGCAUUGUCACUCGUUGUUACGACGUACAACUUGCAGUAUGUCACCCCCGGUAAAAGCAAAAAUGCCAAGGACGUUCUGAAGAGAAUCGAUUAUGGCGGUAGCUUUACCCUUUUGCUCUCUGUCGGAUCAUGCUUGGUGUUCUUGAGUAUGAAAUACAACGAGGAUCUUCCUUGGUCUAACCAAUGGGUAUACGUGCCACUGGCCCUCGCCGGCAUUUUUUUCAUAGUUUUUAUUUUGGUAGAGUUGUUAGUUGCGCCAGAGCCCAUUAUGGCGCCAUUUCUCUUGAAACAGAAGGUCCCUGUUCUUGUUGGAGCAAACAACUUCCUCGUGUCACUGUGUAACUUCUCUGUGAUGUAUUUCUUUCCAAUGUGGUUUCAGACAGUGGCUCUCACAAGUGCAUCCACAGCGGGCUUGCAUCUGUUUCCGAAUAGUAUAUGCAUGUCUGUCGGCUCCUUGUUCGCCGGGUGGAUGGUGCACCGCACCGGGAAGUAUAAACUUAUCAACCUUAUCUUCGGUUGCUUCCCAUUCAUCGGGAUGGUUCUCAUCACUUUGAUGCGGGAGGACUCCGGGCCACUGCAACAAUGGCUGAGCAUCAUUCCACUCGGGUUUGGCAACGCCGUCGUUUUACAGACGAAUCUCGUUGCGCUGCUUGCACACCUCCCUGAGGGUUCGAUGGCCGUUGGCACUGGUUUCGGACAGCUUUUCCGAGGCUUGGGACAAGUAGGAGGUGUUGCGAUUUCAUCGGCGCUAUUCCAGUUCAAACUUGACCGCGAGCUUCGGUCGAGAAUACACGGUGAUGGCGCAGCAGAGAUUGUUGAUGAGAUCAGGCAUUCAACCACCCUCGUAGGGCAGUUGCCGCCGGACUUGCAACGCGCAGCAAGAGACUCAUACGCCAUCAGUCUCCGCGCUGUGUUCACACUUGCCGCGUGCUCCGCACUACUGGCGUAUAUCGUCCGACUACCAGUAUGUUCCAGCCUGCCGACUUUUUUGAGUUCUCUGAAACCGAUACUCAAUCCAAGUCCGCUAGUCCCGAGUCAAGCGCUCUGCCUCCUGCUGAUGUACGCUGCUGAAUACAACGAAGAAGACGAGGAUACCCGACGGUUGCCUUUCCAACACCGGCGAAGGUGUUCCACACCCGAGUUGACGGAAGGCAUCCAAGACUUAGAAAGCGCUUCGAUCGGAGGUUCAGCCAGGAAGCGAUAA